AUAUAUUAAAGAAAGUCAAGCCCAGGAGUCUUUAGGUUUCAUGGCUGAUUCAGACAAUGAAUCUGGAGGGCAAAACAACAACAAUACAAACUACAGUGAGACAUCAUCAAGAGAGCAGGACAAGCUCUUGCCUAUAGCCAAUGUUAGCAGGAUCAUGAAGAAAGCUUUACCAGCUAAUGCAAAGAUCUCGAAGGAUGGGAAGGAGACCGUGCAAGAGUGUGUGUCCGAGUUCAUUAGCUUCAUCACCGGAGAGGCAUCAGAUAAGUGUCAAAGAGAGAAGAGGAAGACAGUCAAUGGUGAUGAUCUUUUGUGGGCCAUGACAACAUUGGGCUUUGAAGAUUAUGCUGAGCCAUUGAAGAUUUAUCUGCAAAAGUUUAGGGAGACGGAAGGUGAGAGGACUGCUGCCAUGGGAACAGUUAGGCAAGGUGAUCAAAGGGAUGGUAGUGUCGUAAAUAGUGGAGAUUCUGGGGGUGGGUUCGGUGGAAAUGGGGGCAAUGUGUAUGGUGGGAUGCAGUCAAGAAUGAUGAUGAUGGGACAGGGACACCAUCCCCUUCAUCAAGGCAACAUGUAUGGUUCUGCUUCUGGUAGGCCAAAGUAAUAGUAACUAAUAUUUUGCUGGGGUUAAGUGUUGUUUUUAAGUACCUUUUCUUCCUAUUUCUUUCUUAAUUUCUUCUUGCUUUAUAAUUAUAUCUGCAGUACUAGUAAUUAUAAUGGUUGAUGAUGCAUGCCAUGAUGUUUGUAAUUCUCUUUCUUUUUCUUUAAUAAUUAUAUAUUA